CUGUUUUCCCACUUCAUACAAACUCCACAUUUUCAUCUUCUCUCAAUCACAUUGUUGGAGUUUCUUAUUUUAUCUCUCCACAUAAAAAUAUAAGCUUAGUUAGUUUCAUAGUCAUUUUUAAUUAUGGAUAAAUUCGUGAUCAGCAGAACAACCCCCAGUGAAGAAACCAAAACCUUCCCUCAAGGUCACCCCACCACAACGGGAAACUUCGGUUGAUUGGAAAAGCAGGGUCAUUUUGAAUGAUGACUAUGAGGUUGGAUUUCUAAACUCGCAGGAAGAAUUUGAGAAUUUGUUUAGCGAGGGUCCACCCACCCCCUCCUCAUCCGCUAUUUUGCCCAUACCGAACCGAUAUACCCAAUCUCCCCUCUUCACAGUACGAAUGGGAAUUUUUAAUCACCUCAAGGAGAAAUAUCCCUUGAUUGAGUUCAUCUUGGAGACUGUGGAGUCAACUGCCGAGUACAAGGAUCUCAUGGAAUUGUGGAAUAAACAUUUCAAAAAGUUUGAGAAGAGUGACCCAUGGAAAGCGGCGUCUCCACCCGGCGUAACGUUUCUUCACGACAAUCAACCAGUGGGAGUGAAGUAUGUUGGGGGAAAAUUGUUUUAUAAAGUCAAGAAGGAGGGAGAGAAAUUUGGAUGGAAGACCUCUGUCCGAACCAAAUGCAGGGUGGAAAAUUGUCCUGAAAUGAGUUAUAUGGACGGAUAUUGCUACAGUCACAGCACAGUGAAAAGGGAGAUAUUGAUGAUUAGGGACGUGGCCAAUUUGGACAAGGUGAACAUAAACAUCGUUCACCCGGAUUUGAGGAAGGAACGGUUCACUGAUCUCGGAAUAAAUUUAUUUCUACGAGGAGUGCAUUACGAGCAUAAGGCAAUCGGCCAAUACCUCGCCAAAUUUCCUAAUGCGUGGUUUGUAAUAGAGAAACGUUGGGAACAUCUCUCCGAGGAAAGCACGAGAAAGUUUCAAAGUUUAGGGAUUCAAAUGUCUCUGAUGGUUUCAUUUCACAACUCUGUCGCUACAAAACCAGCAGAGCAGAUCAAACUCAUAAAUUGUGACAUCUACACAAAGUCUGCAAAUUUGGAUGACGUGAACAAAACUCUGGCGUUAAACAACAUGGGUUUCGAAAUUAUGGAUGCCAACAACUCCCUUAAUUUUGCAAAUUCACAUCAUCUUCCCAGAAAUUUCAACCGCAAGCUCCCUUACGUGUAUGUGGGGGAUAAUAAAGAGGGUGGUUAUCGAUACGGUCAAAAUCAUUCAGAGAAGCGUCAGUAUGUUAUUAAAGGAUCCGAUUCUCACCAACGCGCAAAAUCCAUCACCAUGGCGGGGAUCGACCCCGAGAACAGGCACCAUGUGUUUCAAGCCGACCCCACCACGUUCACAGCAGAAGAGAGUUUGAAAAAGUCGCUGGAGGUGGAGACGUUAGGUCACAUGGGGGUUCUCGUCGCUAAUAUGUUAGGAAUGAAGACAGUCGGUGGUCACGACGUUUACAAUUUAGCUGAAAAGUUCACCCAUUUCGAUCAUGGUUGGGAUGAGGAUAUUUUUAAACAUUUUAUUGUUAUGAUGACGGGUAAAGAGAUUGUUGUGAAGAAAGAUACGCUCAAAACUGUUCCGAAAGAGGUGGAUUUUAUGGUUCCGAUAUUUAAGACUGUAGGGGCUGGGGAGAAGAAGCGACAGGUGUUAGACACCAAUAAGAUGAAAAAGGAGGGUGUUCAGAAGAAGGUUUACGAGAAACUUGUUACUAAUUGGAUUUAAGAGCAUUUGUUAAACUAUGUGAUGUUAAACUUUUAUAUUAAUCAGUAAAUUUGUUGGUGGAUGUUAUCUGAAUUGUUUUUGAUAAUUCAAUUACUAUUAUUAUUACCGGGGUCAUGCGGCAGGGAAACAUUAACAAUGGAAGUCAUCCAAGGCCUACAUAUAUUUUAUGAUAAGUUUACUUGAAACUAAAAAUCUUUGUCUUAUACAAAACCAUCCAAAUAUGUACCAGGCGUGAUUCCCAGCGAAUUCAGUUUUCACAUUGUCCCCAAUUCCCAAAUGUCUUUUACCUUCGUUCCGAAUGCCACAAUCGCAACGAAUUUCUUUGCUAAAUGGAAAAUCAGAGAAACAUUUAUCCACAGAAAUUACUAAUAUCAUUUAUCUUAAUUAACUUACACCCUAUUAAUCGCUCCGGCUAGGCAACAAUGUAAACUGCUGACUGUUAGGAUUAGAAAUAUGCUCGUGAACAUAGUAAGAAAUAAUUUCCUCUAGACUUGAUUUGAAAAUGAAAGGAAAAGUUAGACUGAUCACUGACCACUUAGGCGUCCUAAUUGGUAGUAAACCCAGCCGUCCCCAAGCAAAUGAGAGGAUCAGCAACUAGAAGCGUUGUCGUCUGCGUCGGAUCCUUAAUUAUCAUGGCAAGUCUAUAUUCUUCAAGUAAUUAUCAUAGAGCAUCCUGAAACUUUGCAUGCGAGAGGCUAAUUCAUACAUAAUUGUGAAAUAAAGAUGAUAAAAUGAUAAUUUUCCGAGGGAAACUUCAAGAGGAAGAUGCUGAUCGUCAACAAAAACACGGUUCGGUGAGGUCCAUGCAACUCUAUGAAGUGUGGUGAAUAUGGUGAUCAUAAUACUAACGAAUUUUUUAAUGGCAUCCUUGAACAUGUCCGACAAAGAUUCAAGUUGAAGAUGGUGCAUCCUAAAUUUCAAGGUUUCUCGAAAGAAUAAUUAUCCACGGAUUGGAGGCGUGUGGUAUCUAAAAAUUAUUGACGCAGACGAAUGCUUAAUUUUAAAUCGAGCAGAAUUUUUAACUAUAACUUAAUUUCAUGCAAUCCAUUAAUAUUUAGAUGAGUGGCUCGACUAAAAUUCAAGGUUUUUAAUCAAUUUUGCACUUGCACUAUAGUUGCACUUUAUUAACAUUUAUUGCAAAUGGUGCAAGUGACCUUUGCAAGGAAGGAUACAUGUGCACAAAAUGAUAGCAAUUUACAAAGGGGUGGAAAAAUUUGAGAAGGUGAAUGUUCAUAAUAUGCAUGCACGUCUUGUGAGGAUAAAACAAAUAAACAAGUCUACUUUCUCAUGAUUUAAGGUAUAUGCACCUUCUAAAUGUAUAAAAAGAACAUGGAAUAAUACUCAACCACAUAAAUAAAUUACUAAGUUGCCUCUUUAAGUGUAUGUAACAGGCUAUGCAAUAUUUGCACGAGCAGUCUCUUUUUUAGAUGAUCACACAAGACUAGAGUUUACGAAAUCACUUCCUUUGAAUAAUCACACCAUUAUUUAUUUCCAAAUACAUAUCGGCCGACGGAGGAAGAGCUCUUGUCUGCAUUUUAAACGAUGGGGUUUAAACAAUUAACGAUUUAUUGUCUUGUUGUAACCACCUAUCUGGCUUUGGCUGCCGUCUUAGUUGGCUGUAAAUGGGUUGGAAUCCAUAAGCCGUGUUUAUGCCAAGAAUUCCGUUGUGCUAAUGGGACCUCGUGCCUUCACAAGUCACGAGUGUGCAACGGCUACAAAGAUUGUCCCGGUGGGGGCGAGGACGAAUUAGGAUACGCGGACAGGUCUUGUUUUAAACGCGUCGUCAAAUGCGAUCCUCAGACCGAAUUCAAGUGCAAAUUUGGUGGGUGUAUCGAAAUUGGAAAAGUUUGUGACGGGACAAUUGACUGCUUUGGAGGUGUAGAUGAAGCAUCCGAUUUCUGUGCGUGGGUUCAUGGAGAGGAAAAUUCGACAGCGGUUAAUCCGUAUAAUUGACUAAUUAAUUGGCUAACAACAAAUUUGUAAGGGUUAUUUUAUUUGGAGCAAUAUAUGGCAUCCUGUGUGUUUUCCAGAAUCCAUUUAUAGUAUCGUGUUAUUCUGAAGCGUAUAAUUAUUUAUUAUGUUAAAUUUGGAACGAUUUUAAGAUGUAGAAUUUUGUUUUACGGAUGUACAUACUUACCUCGUGUACACUCCUGGGUAGUGGGUGUUACCACAAUCUAUGCCAAAGGAAACGACCCCCACCUGGAAUUUAAUUUUGUACGUAUUAAAUACGUGAAUUUUUUGGAAUAAAUAUAAUAAUAAUUAUUUA